AUGCCACAAGACAUCAAUGCUCCAAUUCCUUUGAGAAACAAGGUAUUGUCUACUCAGGCAAAUGAGGCUCAAAAGAUCAUGAGACCAUCAUCUAGCAUCGAUCUAUCAAAUCAUGCAAAAAGGGCAAAGCUAGACAAAAAACCACUAACUCCAGAUCCUGCUGGAAUGGAUUCAAAGACACCACAAGAUCAAGAUUUGGAUGCGGAGGAUCAAUUGAUUAAACAACGUUUGAAACAUUAUAACUUGGACUAUCCAGACUCAUAUGAAGAAUAUUUGAAGGAAUCAUCAGAUAAGAAAUCAAAGUUUUUCGCUAGAGCUGAAGCACGGAAAUUAGAUUUAAAGAAUCUUUUACCAUACCAAGCAGAAUCUCACAAAGAUCAGGCUAAAUACUUGACUCACGUCCUAGUUCAUCUUUACAUUGCAAUUAAAUCACUUGACUUGGAAGGUCUCGUCAGUAUUUCAACGAAGGAUUUGGCUAAUAUCCGAAAUGAUAUUGAGCUGACUUUAGAUACAGAUUUUUUCAAUGCGGAUCUGUCGUUUGAUUAUGAAAAUGUUGAGGAAGAUGAAGAUGAUGAAGACGAGGAAGAUGCUAAAGGUCAAUCGGGUGUUAUUGGGAAGUUGUUACCAAGAUCAGCCACUAUCAUAAGUGUCAACCACUGGACGAAUGAAUUGAAGACAUGUUUGAAGGCAAAAUUUGAUAUCCCAUUAAGUCUCAGAGCUUCAUUAGCCAAAGUUUACUACUAUUUGGCAUUAUCGAAAGGCCAAUCUAUAAAUUCCCAGCUGUUUAUUGAUCUUUUUGUUAAAUUGACUUAUAAGUAUAGAGAUUUAUUGAUAGAAUCUAACAAACUUAUUCUUGAUCAUAAGCCUUUAAUCAACUAUAUUGUUGAUUUUUUUCCUGAUGUUGAUCCUACUUAUGACAUUUACAGUCCAACCACUGAUGAGAAUGAUAAAAAAAUCUUCAAUCUAAGCAUGAAAUUGGCCCUAAAUUCAAAUUGUUUCUUCGCUCCAAGUGCUAUGCGUGAACUUUAUGAUUUUUCAUUAAGCAGAUUCUCAAUCCCAACUGCAUUUACAAGUUUAACCAUUUUAUGCAACUCAUUGCCGGUUUUUUUCAACGAAUCAAAUUCCAUCAUGGAUUUCAUUCCCUCGUUGUUUUAUUUCUGGACAAACAACACAUCCAUAAAAGCAUUGGACAUCAAUAUCAUUGAUCUUUUGGGGCGUAUCUCACGCUCGGUUUAUUUUCAAAUCGCAAAUGGCAGUGACAAACCAAAGUUUGGAAAGUUCGGUAUUUAUACAGAAGAUCAAAUGAACUUCAUUUUCAAUAAUCUACAAAACAAUUUGAGAAAUGACUUUAAGGUUUCAAGCUUUUAUGGGGUCGCAAGAAUCUUAGUUUUUUCAAUUAAUAAUGAAAAUUUCGAAGGUUUCCAUCAAAAACUAAAGGUUUUAUUGAAUUCAAUUGAAACUUAUGCACAUCCUUCAAACACCGGCUCGUGGUCUAUUUUAGUUGCAAGAUUUUGUCAUAGAUUUAUCAAGCAAUAUCAUAAAAGAAUCAUUGCUGAGAAAGAUGAGGACUCUAAAGUUCCAAAAGAAGUCCGUUUAUCCCCGGAAACAAAUGCUAAAAUUAUCAGUGCAUUUAAAGAGAUUGUUUUGUUGGGUUCUCAAGCUAAAAAAGAUUCGGUUAGUAAUUAUUAUAUUGCUACUUUAGGUUAUUUGACAGACCUUGAAGCUACAAACAAAUUUCUUCUUGUUAAUCAAGUUCUUAUUGAUCUUUAUGACUCACUAACUGACCAGUUUAUCAAUUCAUCUCAUAGAAUCAUUGUUGCCUUGAAACAAUUUACUGAAAUCUCAAGAUUCAUGAUCCAUGAUAAGAUUUACAGAAUUCAUAUGACCAAUUUGAUGUCCCUCCUUUUAGGCAAAAUUGGUACAAAUGACUUGAAUUUAACAAAUAAUGUUUUCAACACACUAGUGACAGUAGGUUCGCUGGUUCCAUUUAAGGAUCUUACAACAGAAGAUGAUUUCAUUUCAUUUGAAUCAACAACCCUUGGUUUCAUUCAAGACCAUUUAUUCUUUUUGAAAGAGCACCCAGAUGAAGAGUUUUCCGCUGAUCAAUCAACCAUCCAUAAUGCAUUCUUAGGUUCCACCAAAAUUUUCAAUGAUUUGACCAAGACCUUAGUUGAUAAAUUGUUUUUGCUCGUGGAGGCUGAUUUGAAUGAAAGACUGAUCUUCAAAAUUACUCAGUCGUUGUUGAUUUUGACUCAAUCAUUCUCUGAUGAAGUUUUUGAAUCUUUUGCAAAGUGCCUAGAGAAUAAGUUUCAUGAUGACAAUUUGAAUAACGUUAAUGAAAAUGAGGUUUUGAUUGCAAAUAUUUACGGUGCUUUAAUCAAAUCUGAUGAAAGACGUUUUGGUAAAAUGUUCAAACAAUUGGAUUACUUGAUUAGAGAAGAACUCGAGCAAGGUGCUGGUUCCAUUAGAAAUAAAACUAGUACCGUUUUGGGUCGUGAUAAGAAGCUUGUUCUAUAUCUUUCAAUUUUGGGUGAAGUUUUAAGUGUUUCAUAUAAUCAAGUCUUGAACUACAAAAAGGAAUUUAUGAACUUGAUUCAACACUUGUAUGAAAAGAUAUCCAACCCUUCACUCCAUGGUUUGGCUGCCAAUAUUAUCCAUAAAACAUUGUUGAAUUUGACAAAGAUCAAACUAAGGGAGAAUAAGUUAUUCAGCAAUGAGGAGAAUAUCAAAUAUGAAGAGUACUGGGGUGGCAAACAGUUUGAUAGUGAUAGGUUUGAAAAAAAAAGAUUAUCAUUUAGAUGGUAUAUACCUACCAACACUGAAGUCUCGUUUGCUAUUGAAGUUUUUGAAACUAUUGUCGUUGAGACUUUGUCCAAGAUUGAAGAGUUGACUAAACAUAAAGAUGAUUCUGAAUUAAGUUUCUCAGAUGAAUUUACUAAGAAUUUGUUAUACAUCAGCAGCUCUCUUUCCGGGAACAGUAUUUUAUUUGAUCCAGAUUAUACUAGUGAUCAGGCUGAUAAGAAUGAGAAUUUUACUGGAACUUCCUUGCAAAGAAAGUUGAUGAUUUUGAAAUCAUUGAGAGCUUUUAAAACUGAUGAUAAUGAGCUUAAUAUUGAUAUUGAAGAGAUCACAAAGCAUCAUGAAGACGUUGAUUUAGUUUCAGAAAGACCUGUUAGUGAAGACAGAAGUGAUGUUAAAGAAGAUUUCAAAGAAAUUUUGAAUGGUGUUUCUGAAGAUGUCGAAGGAAUAAACAUUGAUGAUGAAGUUCCAAGCUCGAGAAUGUUGACUCCGAUGCUACAACAUGAAAGUGAUCUCACCUCAAUUAUGAAUUCCUCUGUUGCUUUUAGAGAAUUGAAAAUUUACAAUUGUAAUUACUUUUUUGGUAACAAUUCAUCAGAAAAAAAGAGUUAUACAAACUAUGGUCAUAUUCAUUCAUUAAGAUCCCUUGUUGGUCAUGGAUUGCAUAAGGUCUAUGAGUACCUAUCUGAACAUCAAAAUGAAAACCUUUAUUUGUUCCAAGCUCUAUUGCAUACUGUUGAGAGUUAUUUUUGUGAUGUUGGUAAGGUUUCCACUUUAGAUUUUGAGGACGAAUUAUUCAUCGAUUACACAUUUUUGAAAAGAGUCCAAUCCAUUGGAAACUAUACAAAGCCAUUCACAAGAACGUGUCUUGGCGCAAGAAUUGAAAAGUUUCAUCGUCAAAGAGUUAUUUUACACUCAACUAAUAGAUUUCAAACCAAAUUAGAUAAACUGUUACUACAGGAUUUAGUUGAAAUGUCUACAUCAUCUUAUCCAAGUGUCCAUCAACCCUCCCAGAUGGUUAUGAUCGAAACAAUGAAGAAGCUAAUUGGUUCAUAUAGUCUCAUCCUUCAUGCAGUUGUUCAAAAUGUUGAAAAGUCCAUUGCUGAAAAGGAUUUGAAAAGAAUCGAGGCAGGUUUAAGAAUUUUCAGACUGAAGAAAAUACAUAAUAAACUUUUGUCUGAUUACACAAAUAUUGGGAAAAUCACGCAAAUUUUAUGUCAAUGCUUAAUGAUUGAUAAUUUGGAAAUCAGUGGCCUUGCGCAGCUCUGCCUAAAUGAUUUUUCCAUUUCACUCAGGAUACCAUCUGCUAUUGCUCGCUUUGAAGUUGUUGAAAUUGAUGGUGCUAUCAGACCACCAGAUAAAUGCAUAGAUUUGGAGAUUCAAACUGUUAAGGCUGCCAAAGAUGCAAAGAGAGAGUUUUACAUGACCAAACUUGAUGAUUUACAAGAGUUAUUGAUCAAAGCUGAAUCUGAAAAUGAACACUGGAAACUGUCAGUGUUGUACUUGAAAUUUUUAACCAAUAUUCAAGCCUACUAUGAGGUGCCUACUAAAGGUAAAAUCUUGGAAUUGUUAAUCUUGAAGUCCAAACAUCACCAUCCAACACUAGUGCGUCUUUGUAUUAAAGCAUCCACUAAGCUAUUUGAAAAAACCGUUAGAUUUGCUAUUUUCAAGUACAGUCUGGAGAAUUCGUUUGAUAACCAGUUUCAAAGAGACGGUAUGGUCAAAAUUGAUACAGCAGAUAGCUUUUCUGACAAGUUCAAGAAAGAAAUGGAAAACUUUGAAGAUCCAAAAUAUUUUAUUGAUGGUCGUGCAUUCAAAGGAUGGCUAUUUUGGGAUAAGUUCAUUCAAGCGGUGGAUUCAACAAAAGCCGCUAUUGAUGUGCAGUUCAAUGAUGCAGACCAAGAAAGCUUGAAGUUGUUGGGCUCUCUUAUCACUAAAGACUGGUUAAAUUUAAUCCUCAAAACAUUGAUGCAAGAUAAUGAAACCAAAGGUGUUUUCCAAAGCAUAGAUGUCUUUAUGUUUUCAACAAUAGUUCAUUUGAUCUCAUUAGGGUUUACUACGCUAACAUACCAAGAGCUACUUCACUUGGUUACAGAAAAUUAUAUCAAAGAUGAGAAAGCAUCUGUUAUUAUUGUUGCUGAGCUUAUAUGUGGGUUGUUGAUUGCUACCAACCAUACAACAAAAGAGAAUAUUCAAGCUAGAGACAGCUUUUUGGGACCAUUUUUAGAUUCUGUUGUUUUACAUGAUCUUGCCCCAGAUACUUCUGGUGUCUGGAACAUUGUUUUCUGGUGGGUCCCCUCUAGAAUUGAUGUCAGAAGAGUUCCUAUCCUUGCUGAGAAAGCUAUGAGUUUGGGAGGUGUGAUUGAUGUUGACUCAAAUCUGGCUUUCAUUCAAUCUUCUAGGGUUAAUUUUGCUAGGUCAUAUCUUGCAAGUUUGGGUUGGAGGUUUAAUGAUGCAGAAAAGUUGUUUGAUGCUCUUGUUUUUGAGCACCCCUAUCAGUUGGUCCGUGACCAAGUUGGAAGCCUGGUUGCAACUUUAGCUUUCACCAUUUUCAGAGAAUCAUAUGAUAACUCCCAAAAGUUCAUAGAUGCCCAAAAUCAACAGGAACUCGGACUGAAAGCUUACAAUAUUCCGGAAUCUUUUGCUGAAAGAAUCAAAGGUUUAUUCAAUCGUAUCGAAAGUCUCAGAUUGGAAACAAGUGACCUCAGUGCUCAAGACCUUCUCAAAUCAGAGUACUUUUACAUCGCUUCCACUGUAUUGAAAUGGUUGGAAGAUGGAUUUUCUGGGUUGUUCUCUAUCUCAUUAUCACCAUAUGUAUGUGAUUACAUUGCACCAUUUCUGAUGAACUUGGAGAACAAUAGAGAGCUAUGCAAAUUGGCUGGUAUCAGUCCUGGUUUUGUUUAUUAUCGCAUGGCUAGCAUUGCAUAUAGACCAGAAAUAAUACCGGAUGUUUUAAAAGUUGCAACAAAAACUGAUUUAUCAAUUCAUCAACUUCAAAUCCAGCUCACAUUCAUUGAGCGGUUCUUCUCUCGCCAAUUACUACAACUGACACCUGAACAAAAACAACAAUUACUAGUUUGUGUUGAUAAGUUAUUAUUCCACAAUUCUGUUGAAGUGAGAACAAAGGCUGCUUCUGUUUUAUCUGGUUUUAUCCAUAGCUCGCAAGACUUAGAAGGUGUUGGACCAUUCAUCAAUAAGUACGUCAAGACUUUAGGAAAGAGAAGGCCAAAAAAUGCUAAGCUCACCAAUGAGGAAGCCAUCAAAUUACACGCCAGUGCAAUGGGUUUAGGUGCUUUAAUUUCAGCAUUUCCAUAUGUUUCACCUCCUCCAGCAUGGAUGCCUUCUCGUGUCUGUACAUUAGCAAGAGCAUCUUCACUUCCUGGAAUAAUCGGUAAAUCUGCUAAAGAUACAUUGAGUACAUUCAAAAAGAUUAGAUCUGAUACAUGGCACAUUGAUCGGACUUCAUUCACGGAAGAACAGUUAGAAGAUUUAGAAGGUGUCUUAUGGAGAAGUUAUUUCGCAUGA